AUGUUCCUCCGACUGUUGAUCGCUUUAUCGCUGGUUUCACUAUUAGCGCAAGUCGUCCUCUCGAAUGGCGAUUCUAUCUCGUCCCAAUUGAGGCCGCGUCUUGUCAACCACAGUGCUGCGGCGCUGAAGACUGAAUUCAGUGAUAUCCACGACGAAAUUCGAAAGGCUCACGAGCCAUUGGAGCAUGCUUGCAAGGCUAACGAUUUGAAAUCUGUUGUUGGAACGUUUGCUGGUUUCCAAAAAUCUUUUCAAGCUCUGGCUAAUAGCUGCUCAAAGACUUACAAUCAACACAGGGGAUCUCCGUCCAAACUCUCCAAGGGUUUCGUUAAGAUACUGGUCGAGUUUCAACCUCUGUUGAUAACCUUAAAGGCUCAUCCAUCUAUGCUGAAAGGUUGUGCAAACACUUUUCGAAGCACUUCGACCAGCAUUAAUGCGAUGGUUUCAUUCCUCAAGGCCGGGAAAGCUGACUUGAAGUCAGAGGUCCACAAAACCGGUGAAGGCCUUGAUCUGAAACUCUUCGCGCAGUGCGGCUUUAAACUUAACCCAUUCUAUUAA